AUGGCGGACGUGCCGCCUGACAUUAAUAGCGCCGCGAUUUAUCGCGUCUAUUGGCUGUAUUGGCGUCUGAUGGGAGUCGAGAGCAAUUGCCAGCUCGUUGAUGUGCUAAUGAACAUAUUUGUCACAUUUUUAUUUCCAUUCCAUCUGCUUAUCGGUCUGCUUGGCCAGCGUUCGCUGAGCAAUAUAUUCGAAAAUUUACCUAUAACCGCGGCCUGCUUCUUCUGCAGCGUCAAAAUUUUAUGCAUACGCCCUAAAUUAAAGGAGAUAAAGAUCGUUGAGCGAUUGCUGGGUGAGUUGGACAAGCGCGCAAAUAGCUGGGAGGAACGUAAAUAUUUCGAUGAAGUGAUUCGGCCUCAGGCGAAUUUUGUUUGGAAGAGCUUUCUAGUUGCCUAUUUCUCAACCGUAAUUAUGGCCACAGCCACAGUCUCGAUGGCCGGUGGACGUCAGAUGCUCUAUCCGGCUUGGUUCCCCUACGAUGUGCAGGCCACAGCACUUCGCUACUGGCUCAGUUUUGGCUAUCAGGCAGUGGGCAAUGCUCUAACUGUGCUGCAAAACCUAACCAACGAUUCAUAUCCGCCUAUGACAUUUUGUGUGGUGGCAGGACAUGUGCGAAUGCUGGCUCUCCGAAUUGCUCGUAUUGGACAGGCUGGAGAAUCUGCAGCUUCGAAUUACAAGCAGCUUAUCGAUUGCAUUAAGGAUCAUCAGAAACUAAUGGAAAUUGUGCAACGAUUGCGUGGUACUCUCCAUUUGGCGCUGCUUAGCCAGUUUGUGGCCAGCUGCAUCAAUAUCUCCAUUGUGCUCAUCUUUGUGCUCUUCUUUUCUGAAAGCACUUUUGUCUCCAUCUACUACUCACUGUACUUUGCGGCUAUGGUAUUGGAGUUCUUUCCGUUAUGUUAUUACGGCAGCUUGUUGACAUUUGAGUUUGCUGCUCUACCCUAUGCCCUCUUCUCGUGCUCUUGGCCGGACAUGGAUAGAAGAUUUUGUCGCCAUGUAUCUAUACUUAUGCAAAUGACGCUUUCGGAGGUAACCAUCAAGGCAGGAGGAUUUUUGUGCAUCGAUAUGAACGCGUUCUUCGCCACUGUGCGUGCAGCCUACUCGCUAUUUACCCUGGCCAUGACCUUUAGAUAG